AUGGCUGAGGAGGAGCCACUCUACUACAUGCGCCCCGGCCAUGUUAUUGCAGCGGCAACAGUCCUUUCCGCCAUCGAUAUUUUCGUCGUUGGGUUACGGUUUUGGGCUCGCAAAGUCAUGAAACAACCACUCAGAGCUGAUGACUGGCUCAUGCUGCCUGCCACACUUCUAACAGUGGGGAUUGGCAUUUGCCAACUCUACGGUGUUUCACAGAAGGCCCUAGGGUAUCGAACUGUGAUACCGGACGGCUUUCAAGGGAAUCCGUUCGAGCUCGUCACUCCGCAGCUGCGUCUUAAGUCACAACUCGAAUGGACUUUCUUUCUCAUGCUCCCCAUUGCGACAGGGUGUAUGAAGGCGAGCUUUCUGUUCUUUUACAUACGUGUUUUCGCGACCCAGGAGCGCAGCGCUAUUAACAAAUUCCUCAAAGCAUUCAUUGUAUUUAUCGUGGUAUGGGCCGUCGCCUUUUUCUUCGGGAUGUUCUUUGAAUGCGGACGUAAUUUCUGGGCUAUAUGGAACUCGCAAGUGGAAUUUAGAGCGCAUUGCUCUAGUAAUACGAAGCUCAUUCUUGCUCUAUGUAUUACUGACUUCAUCGCGGACGUAUUCAUAAUCUGUAUUCCGAUUCCCCUGGUCUUACGGUUACAAUUAUCCCCAAGGAAGAAAUUGGGAGUCUGUUCACUGUUCCUUCUCGGAAGCGGGACGGUCAUCGCUUCAAUAGUACGAUUUGUACUCAUGGCUGGAAGCUACCUAGGAAGUGUUAAUAUCACAAACGAUAGUAUUCUUGGAACAACAGCUUGCCUAUACUGGGGAAUGGUCGAAUGCGGCAUAGGAAUGUUAGCAGCAUGUCUACCGACUAUCCAGUUUCUCUUUAGAAAAUGGAUUUGGGAGCCAGUUUUGUUGUCUACCAAAAGUAUAUUCAGUUCGCAAUCUACCCAAGCGACUAGAAUAUCAUGGGCCGACGGGUCGCAUCAAGCCUCUAUUCAUGUACAACAAACAUUCCGCGUUUCCUACGACCAAGUUCACGACAGCUCUAGUCGGUCGAUAUCGCCGAAUAAUUUGCCAAACGUAUCGAACGAGAGACUCGUACGAGAGUCGUAUCCCAUGCAAGACAAAUGUGUUAGGACGGUUGCGUAA